AUGAUGGCGUGGGUAGGUCAAAAUGUCACGAGACGGCUCCAGAACGAGACCUAUGAACAUCUAAACAUGCUCUCCGUUGAUUUUUUUCAGGAACGAGAUACCGGAAACUUGAUGUCGAGGAUCACGCACGAUGUAUCACGGCUCCGGGAUUUCAUCGCGAGUGGGAUACAAGAAAUUGCGGGUGAUUCUCUCACGAUCAUCUAUAUAUGCGGGAUCAUGUUUUAUUUCAAUUGGAAACUUGCACUCUGGACCUUGAUACCUAUCCCGUGCCUUAUCUUCUUCACAGUCUUUUUUGGAAAAAAGAUGAGCAAGGUGUACCAUGUUUUAUGGAAACGGUAUGCGAACAUUAGCACAAUUCUCGCGAGCACGAUUCCAGGGGUCCGCGUUGUCAAAGCAUUCGCCCGCGAACGCUACGAGAUAAACCGGUUUAGCGAUAUGACACAUCAGGUAUUUACAGGUGAGAUGAACGCUGCAAAACUUGGGACGCUUUAUCGCCCGAUUAUGGAGUUUAUUACCUAUUCCGGUUCUAUUUUGAUUUGGUUAAUCGGGGGAUGGCAGAUCUUCCAAAACGAGAUAACCCUUGGCACGCUAUUCAUGUUCCAAAGUUAUAUGAUGCAGUUUUUUAGACCUGUGUUUACCCUCUGUCAGAUGAACGAAAGGUUUAUCCGAGCAGGCACCUCCGCCGAGCGUGUGUUUGAAAUUAUGGAUACACCCCCGAGCAUUGCUGAUAAAAGCGAUGCGGUAGCCCUUAGAAAUAUCCGUGGUGCUGUUGAAUUUAGGAAUGUCUAUUUCUCUUACGACGGCGAAAAAAAUGCGCUCAAUGGUGUCAAUUUUACAGUGGAGCCCGGUGAGAUGAUAGGGUUGGUUGGGCACAGCGGUGCAGGGAAGAGCACGCUCAUCAAUCUGAUUACCCGUUUCUAUGACCCGAAUGAUGGGGAAAUAAUGAUUGAUGGUUACGACAGUCGCGACAUUGAGGUUAAGGCGUUACGGCAACAGGUCGGCGUCGUAUUACAAGAGCCAUUCCUGUUCCAAGGCACAGUAGCGGAGAAUAUCGGUUACUCAAAACCGGGGGCAUCUCGGAUGGAGAUCAUUGCUGCUGCGAAGGCAGCAAAUGCCCACGGUUUUAUCCUCAAGUUCCCCGAUGGUUACGACACAAUGGUAGGUGAAAGAGGGGCACGGGUUUCUGGUGGUGAGCGGCAGCGUAUUUCUAUCGCACGCGCAAUUUUAAAAAAUCCGCGCAUCCUUAUCUUGGAUGAAGCGACUUCCUCCGUUGAUACCGAAACAGAGUCGAAGAUCCAAGAGGCAUUGGAACGACUCAUCCAAGGGAGAACGGUAUUCGCUAUUGCUCACAGGUUGUCAACCCUUAAGUACUCCGACCGACUUAUUGUGCUGAAAGAUGGCGAGGUUGACGAAAUUGGGACGCAUGCGGAACUGAUUGCCCAAGACGGGACCUAUGCCAGUUUGUGUGAGAAGCAGACUGAAUUGUCAAAAAUUCGCGCGUGGUAA